GUUCAGGACAUGAUUGAAAGAUCUGCGACCAAGGAUGCAGCUCGUUUGAGAUCUCUUCAAGGGAGGGGAUCAGGAGCCUGGCUAGAUGUCAUUCCCAGCUCAAGAAAGCUUGCAAUUUCCCCUGGAUUGUUCCGCCUGGCAGCUUUAUUGAGGUUGGGUAUGCGUUUGCCAUUGCCUCUGUCAGCAACCUUAUGUGAUUGCGGCACAGCCUUAGAUCCUGAAGGAUAUCAUCUGAUUACUUGUAAGACAGGUGGGGGACCAGUUUGGUCUCAUAAUUCAAUAGUCUCUGCUUGGUCCGAGUGUUUGAAACGCGUGUCUCUUCCCCAUACCGUUGAGCCAAGAGACUGUUACAGCAGCUCUCAGUCCAGACCCGAUAUUGCUGUUUAUAAUGCAACCGACUUUAACGUUGAGCUCGACAUUUCCUUAGCCCACCCAUGGAGCACCGACAUAAUUUCAGUCGCAGCUACAACUGAUGGAUCUGCUGCUUCAAAAAGGGAGGGAAAGAAGAGAGAGAAGUACAGCAGAGAGACUCACACUAGUGGGGGUUCUCCAUGCCUAAUUCCACUGGUGUUUGAGCAUUAUGGCCGCUGGGGAAAUGCAGGAGAAAAGUUUCUCCAUCAAAUCUCUCUGCGAUCACGAGAUGAUGACGGCAAGCGGUGUAACAGUAUGGUUUUGGCGAAGAAGAUUGACAGAAUAGUGUGUAGAAAUGACUCCGUAGCUGGUUUUUACAGUUACCAGAGUGUACGUUAAGCUUUCAUUUCAUGACCCUUUGGGUCAUUUUUCUUGGACUCAUAGAUAGUGAUUUAGCGUUGACUGUAAUAGCGUUGAUGUUUACCAAUAGAUGUU